AUGCAGACAGACGAUAAAAGAAGAUCUUAUGGAGAGAGAAGAGCAGCAGUAAUGGUCGAAGCUGCAGAGGCUAAGAAAAGCAUUCGCAAAGUUAACCGAAGGCUCGUCAAUUACAUGACCAAGGUGGUUGGACUGCAACGCCCUCACGAAACAGUUACAGCGUCCAGAAAGGAAAUGGUGAAAAUCAUUCACGAAUACAACUCGGAUCUCUUCGACAGCCACGUCCACCUUUCGUCAUGUGAAAUAAAGGAAAAUGGAUAUAUUGUACCACCGGUUCUCCUUUCUGAAAUCCGACAUGCCAUUUUAUCGGUGAAAAAUCGAACAGCACCAGGUCCGGAUAGGAUAAGACCAGAACACCUGAGGAACCUUCCACCAGUCCUCGUAAACACACUGGCUCAGCUUUUCACACGUUACCUGACCGAGUACAAGGUCCCUACCUUGUGGACGACCAGCAAGACUGUGUUAUUCUUCUCGAAAAGUGAGCUGCACGACAACGGUAGCUAUCGCCCGGCCUACUUGCUGUCUUUCGUCUACAAACUUUUUUCUCGAGUCAUUUUAAACAAGAUUGAUAGAACACUGGACGAUGGGCAUCCAUGUGAGCGAGCAGGGUUUCAAAAAGGAUUUAGUACGAUGGACCACAUCCACGCGAUAACAAGGCUCAUUGAAGUAUCGUAA